GUGGAGGAGCCGUGGAUUGAAUGGACAUGACCUGUAUCUCAGUUUCCUACAACUAUAAAGACAUGAUAGCAUAGUUCCAAUUCACAAUUCACAACAUUAGUCAAGUGUUUCUGUUUCUGUUUUAAUGGAGAUAACCAAACUUGGCAAGAGAUUUCAAGGUAAGGUAGCUAUUGUGACAGCUUCCACCCUUGGAAUUGGCUUUAGCAUAGCAGAGAGGCUUGGCUUGGAGGGUGCAUCUGUUGUCAUCUCUUCUCGCAAACAGCAAAAUGUUGAUGAGGCUGCUGGUAAACUGAGAGCUAAAGGAAUCGAAGUAUUGGCGGUUGUUUGCCACGUUUCAAAUGCCCAACAAAGGAAAAAUUUGAUAGACAAAACUUUACAGAAGUAUGGAAAGAUAGAUGUUGUUGUGUCCAAUGCUGCCGUACAUCCUUCUGUAGAUCCCAUUUUGCAAACACAAGAAUCGAUCCUUGACAAGUUGUGGGAGAUAAAUGUCAAAUCCACUAUACUUCUUCUCAAGGAUGCAGCUCCUCACUUGAAGAAGGGUUCUUCUGUUGUUCUCAUUGCCUCACUUGUUGCUUAUAAUCCACCACCUACUAUGGCUAUGUAUGGAGUGACCAAAACAGCAGUUCUUGGACUUACCAAAGCUAUGGCUAGUGAAAUGGGCCCUAAUACUCGGGUGAAUUGUGUUGUUCCUGGGAUUGUGCCAACUCAUUUUGUUGCACUUUAUACCUCAAAUGAUGCUACAAGAGAGGAACUUGAAAGAAAGGCAUUGCUUGGAAGGCUUGGUACAACUGAAGACAUGGCUGCUGCGACAGCGUUUUUGGCGUCUGAUGAUGCUUCUUACAUAACAGGAGAAAAUCUAGUGGUUUCUGGGGGAAUGCCUUCUAGGUUGUAGCUUCCAGUUUCUUCUUCUGGUGGUUGAAUGGUGGGCCUACCCCCCAAAACGUUUUGUUUCCUGACUCAUCUGAUGCCAUUCAAUAUAGAGUGGUGCUUCAUGUACCUGGUACUAUUGGUAAAUAAAAUAAAAAUGAAGGAAAAUAAAAUACGAA